AAUUCAUUUCGAAUGAAACGGUGAAGUUAACAAGUGCAUAUUAAAUGCCAUUUCUGUUGAAUCCAACAAUUGUCUACAACUAAAAACGAAAAGUGGUGAAGUCAGUUAUUUUCAAGAAGUCGCGGUCAAUUGGCAAAUUGAUUGAAUGCUCGUUUAAAUAGAUUUAUUUGAUUCUUGCUUUCAUCGGUUUUCUUUUCAUCGUAUAAAAUUGGAAACGAAAGUGAAUUUAUACUAAGCAAUCGAUUUUUUCCGAGUGCAUAACAUUUAAAAGGAAAAAAGAAGAAAAGUUUUGUGAAUUUUCUAUCUUCUCAUCUUGGAUUUAUUUGGAUAAAAAAUGAGACUACCAACGCAACUGCUGGUAUUCGCCUCCAUCAUUACAAUAAACAAUGCCCAAUUUCAAAUUCAGCCCACACAACAGUCAUCCGGUUUCAUAUCACCGCAGUUGCAUCAAGUUCAAUCACCUGAACCGGAUUCAGAUGCAGCCGGUGCAGUGAACUAUCGUUCUCAGGUGCAAACAUAUGAAUAUGACGAGGAGGAAGAAGCACCUCAGGCAACACCACAGCAACCCAUCCGACGACAACAGCAACCAUAUGUUAGAAGUCAAAAUCAAAAGGCUCCGAAUCAAAAGCAAAUAUUGGAAGAAUUAGAAGAAGAAGAACCGGAUAGACUAGCGAUGCUAUUGGAAAAAUCUAGUUUUAACUGUGAUGGCAGGACUGGUUAUUACGCUGACGAAGGAUUGGGCUGCGAAGUAUUCCACUAUUGCCAGGAAAAUCAAAAACACUCUUGGAUUUGUCCCGAAGGAUUUUCAUUCCAUCAAGUUCAUCUGAUUUGCAUGCCACCAUCCGGUGAGAAUAUCUGUCAACAAUCAUCGAAAUACCAUGUCGUCAACGAUUACUUGUACAAGCCGGUGAACUUAGCCGAACACGAAUCGAAGCCAAACAUUACGUUGAGAUAUUCCGAACGCUACUAUCCAGAGAGUUUCUAUCAAGACGACCGACAGGACGAUUAUCCACAAGACAGACAAAGACAACCGGCUCCACUUCGUAAACCUCAGCCAACACCAAAUCCAUCGUACCGUCCACCAUACCAACAAGCCCAGUCGAAUGUGUACCGAUCACCAGACGAUAUUAACAUUCCUCUGCAGCAACGGCGACCACAAAUUAUUUUCAGUCCAACGACGGCUAGAUAUGAAGAAGAGGAAUACAAUUACGAGAAAUAAGUCAUAAUCAGUUGUUUAAAUUGAAAGAAAAUGCUCUCUACGUUUCUUUUUCCGAACGAAAAAAGAGAACGCUAAUUUUUUAGUUUUGUCAAGCGUUAUUGUAGAGCUGCCCUUUAUCCGAUGUUGGUAAGUUUUCUUUUUCUUUUGAAGUCUGUGCACUGUGAAUUUUUCUUAGAAAAGUAUUAUAGUUUAUAAAUUGUUAUUUCUAUUGCCAUUAUUUAGCAAUGUUUAUUUAUUUUAAUUACAAUAUUUGUACUUUAU